AAGUUCAUUGAGAAGGAAGAAAUUAGAAGACAUCUUGGAAAACACUGCUGCGAGUUUUUCUGCAGCAAAUCCACAGGAAUUGGUAUAAAAGCGCUGCGAAUACUUUCAGGAGGUCAGUCAAGUCAAAGCAAUCCGCUCGACAAGGACAAUCGCAACUAAACACGAGAGCUCUAGCAUCACUACUAUUUCAUCCUUAGUAUAAAAGUUCUCGAAUAGUCUGAACCAAGUGAUAAGUAAAAUGGGUAUCAGGUUUUGGCAGUUGCAGGCAACUGUUCUUUACCUAAUAGUAGCGACCAGUUUUGCUCGAGAGGAAUUACGCACUUGUGAAGAUGACGGUUACGUUGAAUGUUUUAACAUCGAGACAACCAAAUAUUCAAGCAACGGUGACAUUUGGGUACGAGGAAACAGUGUAUACUCAAAACAAUCGCCGCCGUACCAGAAAGUUUCAGAGCGUCAAGAACAUUCAAGCCAUUACGAUUAUGGUGCUCACACAGAGGCUCGAGACUAUUCAAAUCGAGCUAAUAACCGUGAAGUUACAAGACGCGCUGAUGAUCGACAGGAGCGACGAGAGACUAUCAGACAAUUGGAUAAUCACGAAGAACAGCAAGAAAUUGCAAUGCGUUUUGAUAUCCGACAAGAGCCACGAGAAAUUACAAGACGUGUUGAUAAUUACAAAGAAGGACAAGAAAUUUCAAUACACCGUGAUGAACAUCCAGAACGACGAGAAACUACAAUGCGUCGUGAUGAACAAUCAGAACGAAGAGAGAUGACAAUACGAGUUGCAGGUCGUGAGGAACGCCGAGCCAUAGAAAUGAGACUUGAUAACCGACAAGAACGACCAGAGAUUACAAGACGCGUUGAUGAUCGCGAGGAACGACGUGAAACUUCAAUGCGACGUGAUGACCAACAGCAACCACGACAAAUUACAAGACGUGUUGAUGAUCGUGAAGAACGGCGAGAAACUGCAAUUCCCGGUAAUGACCGUCAGAUGACAAAACAUGUUGAUGACCAUGAGGAGCGACGAGAUAUUACAAGACGAGUUGAAGAUCAUAAGAGUCGCCGAGCCAUAGAAGUGCGGCUUGAUGAUCGACACGAACCACGACAGAUUACAAGACGUGUUGAUGAUCACGAAAAACAACGAGAAACUUCAAUGCGCCGCGAUGACCGUCAGGAGCGACGACAGAUUACAGGAGGUGUUGAUGAUCGUGAGGGACGUCGAGCUUUUGAAAUGCGUCUUGAAGACCGACAGCAACCACGAGGGAUUACAAAACGUGUUGAUGGUCGCGAAGAACAACGAGAAAUUUCAAUGCGCCGUGAUGACCGACAAGAACGACAAGAAAUUACAAGACAUGCUGAUGAUCGCGAAGAACGGCGAGAAACUUCAAUGCGCCGUGACUACCGUCAGGAGCGACGACAGAUUAAAAGAGGUGUUGAUGAUCGUGAGGGACGUCGAGCUUUUGAAAUGCGUGUUGAUAAUAGCGAAGAACGUAGAGAAACUUCAAUGCGUCUUGAUGACCGACAACAAUCACGAAAGAUUCCGAAACGUGUUGAUGAUCGCGAGGAACGACGAGAAAGUUCAAUGCGCCGUGAUGAACAGCAGGAGCGACUAGAGAUUUCAAGACGUGUUGAAGAUCGUGCGGGACGCCAAGCCAUUGAAAUGCGUCUUGAAGACCGACAGGAACCACGACAGAUUACAAGACGUGCUGGUAAUAGCGAAGAACGACGAGAAACUUCAAUGCGUCUUGAUGACCGACAAGAACGACAAGAAAUUACAAGACGUGCUGAUGAUCGCGAGGAACGACGAGAAACUUCAUUGCGCCGUGAUGAACAACAGGAGCGACGAGAGAUUUCGAGACGUGUUGAUGAUCGUGCGGGACGCCAAGUCAUUGAAAUGCGUCUUGAAGACCGACAACAAUCACGAGAGAUUACAAAACGUGUUGAUGAUCGCGAAGAACGGCGAGAAACUUCAAUGCGUCUUGAUGACCGACAAGAACGACAAGAAAUUACAAGACGUGCUGAUGAUCGCGACGAACGACGAGAAACUUCAAGGCGCCGUGACGAUCGUCAGGAGCGACGGCAGAUUACAAGAGGUGUUGAUGAUCGUGAGGGACGUCGAGCUAUUGAAAUGCGUCUUGAAGACCGGCAGGAACCACGACAGAUUACAAGACGUGUCGAUAAUAGCGAAGAACGGCGAGAAACGUCAAUGCGUCUUAAUGACCGACAAGAACGACAAGAAAUUACAAGACGUGCUGAUGAUCGCGAGGAACGACGAGAAACUUCAUUGCGCCGUGAUGAACAACAGGAGCGACGACAGAUUACAAGACGUGUUGAUAAUAGCGAAGAACGGCGAGAAACUUCAAUGCGUCUUGAUGACCGACAAGAACGACAAGAAAUUACAAGACGUGCUGAUGAUCGCGAAGAACGUCGAGAAACUUCAAUGCGUCUUAAUCACCGACAAGAACGACAAGAAAUUACAAGACGUGCUGAUGAUCGCGACGAACGACGAGAAACUUCAAUGCGCCGUGAUGAACAACAGAAUCGACGAGAGCCGACAAGACGAGUUUAUGAUCGUGAGAGACGCCGAAUCAUUGAAAUGCGUCUUGAAGACCGACAGGAACCACGACAGAUUUCAAGACGUGUUGAUAAUCGCGAAGAACGUCGAGAAACUUCAAUGCGUCUUGAUGACCGACAAGAACGACAAGAAAUUACAAGACGUGCUGAUGAUCGCGACGAACGACGAGAAACUUCAAGGCGCCGUGACGAUCGUCAGGAGCGACGGCAGAUUACAAGAGGUGUUGAUGAUCGUGAGGGACGUCGAGCUAUUGAAAUGCGUCUUGAAGACCGGCAGGAACCACGACAGAUUACAAGACGUGUCGAUAAUAGCGAAGAACGGCGAGAAACUUCAAUGCGUCUUAAUGACCGACAAGAACGACAAGAAAUUACAAGACGUGCUGAUGAUCGCGAGGAACGACAGAAACUUCAUUGCGCCGUGAUGAACAACAGGAGCGACUAUAAGCUUUCAAGACGUGUUGAUGAUGACGAAGAAAGACAAGAAACUUUAAUGCGCCGUGAUGAACAACAGAGUCGACGAGAGCCGACAAGACGAGUUUAUGAUCGUGAGGGACGCCGAAUCAUUGAAAUGCGUCUUGAAGACCGACAGGAACCACGACAGAUUACAAGACGUGUUGAUAAUAGCGAAGAACGUAGAGAAACUUCAAUGCGUCUUGAUGACCGACAAGAAAUUACAAGACGUGCUGAUGAUCGCGAGGAACGACGAGAAACUUCAUUGCGCCGUGAUGAACAACAGGAGCGACGAGAGAUCUCGAGACGUGUUGAUAAUCGCGAAGAACGACGAGAAACUUCAAUGCGUCUUGAUGACCGACAAGAACGACAAGAAAUUACAAGACGUGCUGAUGAUCGCGAGGAACGACGAGAAACUUCAAUGCGCCGUGAUGAACAACAGGAGCGACGAGAGAUUUCGAGACGUGUUGAUAAUCGCGAAGAACGACGAGAAACUUCAAUGCGUCUUGAUGACGGACAAGAACGGCAAGAAAUUACAAGACGUGCUGAUGAUCGCGAGGAACGACGAGAAACUUCAUUGCGCCGUGAUGAACAACAGGAGCGACGAGAGAUUUCGAGACGUGUUGAUGAUCGUGCGGGACGCCAAGCCAUUGAAAUGCGUCUUGAAGACCGACAGGAACCACUACAGAUUACAAGACGUGCUGAUAAUAGCGAAGAACGACGAGAAACUUCAAUGCGUCUUGAUGACCGACAAGAACGACAAGAAAUUACAAGACGUGCUGAUGAUCGCGAGGAACGACGAGAAACUUCAUUGCGCCGUGAUGAACAACAGGAGCGACGAGAGAUUUCGAGACGUGUUGAUGAUCGUGCGGGACGCCAAGCCAUUGAAAUGCGUCUUGAAGACCGACAGGAACCACGACAGAUUACAAGACGUGCUGAUAAUAGCGAAGAACGACGAGAAACUUCAAUGCGUCUUGAUGACCGACAAGAACGACAAGAAAUUACAAGACGUGCUGAUGAUCGCGAGGAACGACGAGAAACUUCAUUGCGCCGUGAUGAACAAAAGGAACGACGAGAGAUUUCGAGACGUGUUGAUGAUCGUGCGGGACGCCAAGCCAUUGAAAUGCGUCUUGAAGACCGACAGGAACCACGACAGAUUACAAGACGUGCUGAUAAUAGCGAAGAACGACGAGAAACUUCAAUGCGUCUUGAUGACCGACAAGAACAACAAGAUAUUACAGGACGUGUUGAUAAUAGCGAAGAACGUAGAGAAACUUCAAUGCGUUUCGAUGACCGACAAGAACGACAAGAAAUUACAAGACGUGCUGAUGAUCGCGAGGAACGACGAGAAACUUUAAUGCGCCGUGAUGAACAACAGGAGCGACUAGAGCUUUCAAGACGUGUUGAUGAUCGUGCGGGACGCCAAGCCAUUGAAAUGCGUCUUGAAGACCGACAGGAACCACGACAGAUUACAAGACGUGCUGAUAAUAGCGAAGAACGACGAGAAACUUCAAUGCGUCUUGAUGACCGACAAGAACGACAAGAAAUUACAAGACGUGCUGAUGAUCGCGAGGAACGACGAGAAACUUCAUUGCGCCGUGAUGAACAACAGGAGCGACGAGAGAUUUCGAGACGUGUUGAUGAUCGUGCGGGACGCCAAGCCAUUGAAAUGCGUCUUGAAGACCGACAGGAACCACUACAGAUUACAAGACGUGCUGAUAAUAGCGAAGAACGACGAGAAACUUCAAUGCGUCUUGAUGACCGACAAGAACGACAAGAAAUUACAAGACGUGCUGAUGAUCGCGAGGAACGACGAGAAACUUCAUUGCGCCGUGAUGAACAAAAGGAGCGACGAGAGAUUUCGAGACGUGUUGAUGAUCGUGCGGGACGCCAAGCCAUUGAAAUGCGUCUUGAAGACCGACAGGAACCACGACAGAUUACAAGACGUGCUGGUAAUAGCGAAGAACGACGAGAAACUUCAAUGCGUCUUGAUGACCGACAAGAACAACAAGAUAUUACAGGACGUGUUGAUAAUAGCGAAGAACGUAGAGAAACUUCAAUGCGUUUCGAUGACCGACAAGAAAUUACAAGACGUGCUGAUGAUCGCGAGGAACGACGAGAAACUUUAAUGCGCCGUGAUGAACAACAGGAGCGACUAGAGCUUUCAAGACGUGUUGAUAAUGACGAAGAACGACAUGAAACUUUAAUGCGCCGUGAUAACCAACAGAAUCGACGAGAGCCGACAAGACGAGUUUAUGAUCGUGAAGGACGCCGAAUCAUUGAAAUGCGUCCUGAUGACCGACAGAAACAACAACAGAUCACCAGACGUGUUGAUGAUCGCGACGAACGACGAGAAACUUUAAUGCACCGUGAUGACCGUCAGGAGCGACAAGAAAUUACAAGACGUGUUGACGAUCGUGAAGAACAACGAGCACUUUCUCGACUUGAUGACCGAGAGGAUCAGAAUGAGAUUGCUAGGGGCACUAAUCGCCAGAUAUGGCGUGACCACUCCAAUCUUAUAGAAAAUCAUGACGAAUUAUGGGCAGAGAGCAGUCGUCUGAACAAUAGAGAUGAACGCCUAGAAAUUAUAGUACGUGAACUUUCAACUGAUAAUGAAAUGAAAUCCAGCCCACGAACUAGGACUAAUGUAAAUUUGAAACGAGGAUACAUUUUACUUGGACAGGGAACAAUUUUGGCUUUUGCCUUGAUGAAAGCGCUCAAGGAUUAUGAGUUUAAAAUAAAAAGAGUUUCCUCUCAACACAUUGGCGAUUCAGCAUUUCUUAUAGGAUUUUAAAAAUACCUACUUGCUACCAGAAUGACAAACAAUGAUACCGGUAAAUUGGCUUACGAAUUGUAAAUAAUAUAUAAAGUGUACCUAAAGCAAAUCUGCGAAAUCGCUGUGUUAACAAAAAUAAUGAAAACAUAAUCGAAAUAGUUAUUAAUAGGAAAAUAGUUGUAAAAUUGUUAUGAUCAAAUUGUAAUAAAUUGUAAUCAAUUGGUGUUAUUUAUUCUAGUAUAUACAAAUGUGUAUAUAUAUUUAUAAAUAUAUAUCUGUAUAUAAUAAAAAAUAUAUCUAUAUAUAAUAACAUAUAUUAAUGUAAAUAAAAUAUUGUUCAAAUAAAACAGCAAAUGAAA